GACCCACUGUGCAGGCACUGUGCGAGCUGGACGACCUUGGACCGGUUCCCAGAGAAGCGCUGCAGAGGACCGGCCCAGCGCGCGGAGCCCGGCCACUGGCACGGCGCAAAGCUGGAGCGUCCGCGGAGACCCCGACACUGCCGACUGCGGGCGGGCUUACCGGUUAGCCAAAGCUCCCCACUGCCCCGUGCUCCGCCGCAGAGACCGCCGGCGAGAUGGCCGCGCGUGUCGGCCUCCUGCUGCGCGCCCUGCAGCUGCUGCUAUGGGCCGGCCUAGACGCCCAGCUCGCGGAGCGCGUAGGCCAGGAGCUGCGCAAGGAGGCAGAGGCAUUCCUGGAGAAGUAUGGAUAUCUCAGUGAGCAGGUCCCCAAAGCUCCCACAUCCAUGCAAUUCAGCAAUGCCAUCAGGGAGUUCCAGUGGGUGUCCCAGCUGCCCAUCAGUGGCAUGCUGGACCCCGCCACCCUUCGUCAGAUGACACAGCCCCGCUGCGGGGUUGCAGAUACUGAUAGUCAGGCAGCCUGGACGGAGAGGGUCAGUGCCCUGUUUGCUGGACGGCAGGCCAAAAUGAGGCGCAAGAAACGCUUUACAAAGCAAGGCAGCAAGUGGUACAAGCAGCACCUGUCCUACCGCCUGGUGAACUGGCCCCAGCACCUGCCUGAGCCGGCAGUUCGGGGAGCUGUGCGCGCCGCCUUCCAGCUGUGGAGCAACGUCUCGGCCCUGGAGUUCUGGGAGGCCCCAGCCACAGUCCCUGCUGACAUCCGCCUCACCUUCUUCCAAGGGGACCACAACGAUGGGCUGGGCAACGCCUUUGAUGGCCCAGGGGGCGCCCUGGCGCACGCCUUCCUUCCCCGCCGAGGCGAAGCGCACUUUGACCAAGAUGAGCACUGGUCCCUGAGCCGCCGCCGCGGGCGCAACCUGUUCGUGGUGCUAGCCCAUGAAAUCGGCCACACGCUCGGCCUUACCCACUCACCCGCGCCGCGUGCGCUCAUGGCGCCCUACUACAAGAGGCUGGGCCGCGACGCGCUGCUCAGCUGGGACGACGUGCUGGCCGUGCAGAGCCUGUAUGGGAAGCCCCAGGGGCGUUCUGUGGCCAUCCAGCUUCCGGGAAAGCUGUUCACUGACUUUGAGUCCUGGGACCCCCACAGACCUCAGGGAAAGGACUCAGAAACCCCGGGUCCUAAAUAUUGCCACUCUUCCUUCGAUGCCGUCACUGUAGACGGGCAACAGCGACUGUACAUUUUCCAAGGGAGCCAUUUCUGGGAGGUGACAACUGAUGGCAACGUCUCAGAACCCCGUCCACUGCAGGAAAGGUGGGCAGGGCUGCCCCCCCACAUUGAGGCUGCUGCAGUGUCGUUGGAGGAUGGAGACUUCUAUUUCUUUAAAGGGAGUCGAUGCUGGAGGUUUCGGGGCCCCAAGCCAAUGUGGGGUUCACCACAGCUGUGCCGAGCAGGGGGGCUGCCCCGCCACCCGGAUGCGGCCCUCUUCUUCCCUCCUCUGAGCCGCCUCGUCCUCUUCAAGGGUGCCCGCUACUAUGUGCUGGCCCGAGGGGGACUGCAGGUGGAGUCCUACUACCCCCGAGGCCUGCAGGACUGGGGUGGUGUCCCUGAAGAGGUCAGCGGCGCCCUGCCCCGACCAGAUGGCUCCGUCAUCUUCUUCAGAGAUGACCGCUACUGGCGCCUUGACCAGGCCAAACUGCGGGUGAUGGCCUCGGGCCGCUGGGCGGCAGAGCUGCCCUGGAUGGGCUGCUGGCACGCCAACUCGGGGGGCGCCCUGUUCUGAAGGCACCGCCACCUCUCAGUGAACUGUUGGUGCCCUCAUGAUCAACACGUGUUCCCUGCCCCAGGGGCAGAAACUGUCUUGGAAGCCUGACUCCCUGAAGAAGACCCAGCAAAGAAAUCGGUGUUUUUUUCCCUGGAGAACGUGGCAUUGUCUCUGCUGUCCCCACCACAAGGAGGUGGGGCUGGGAUCACUCCAAGGAGAAGCCAAAAAGGGUCCCAGACCGUUUCCCCCAAGGACUCUUUCUUCCCCAAGCCUUGGGGAUUUUGUUUCUUCCACUAAAGGUGCAGUUCCUGUCUAUGAGGCGGCAGCAGUGGGCAACCAGGGACGAUGCUAAUCUCAAUGGAGAGGUUGGGACCACUUUGCGAGACUGUUGCCUCACCUUCAGGACCUCCUGGCUCAGUCCUUGGAGAAUUGUGUCAUAUUUAAUCAGAGGCCCUACCUCAGGAAGCCUGGAUGGGUUAGGACAAGGGUCUCCAACCUCAGAGGCCCUGAGUGGGUGGUCAGGACUCAGACCGAGAAGGAGACUGAUACAGGCCUGCUGGGCCCUGGCUUUUUGUGGGAAGCUGGAAUAAAGAGGUGUCCCCAGUGGUGGGCCAGGAGGCACAAAUCAGUCUUCCUUGGAAUGGUUUCCAGUGAGAGGUAGGUA